AUGGGUGAGAAAGAAGAUAAAGAAAAGGCCGAGAAGUUGGCUGCUGCAAAGAAGAGAGUCGCCCAACUACAAAAGAAGAAGAAGGCCGCCGCCGCCGCCACUGCUGCUGGUGCCAGUACCAGAGAGAAGUCGGCUAAAGGGAAAUCUAAAAAGGAGGACACCCCAAAAGAUGACGAGCAGGACGAUGAGCCAGAUCUUGGAGAGAAUGAUGCCAAAGCAGAAGACGAACAACCCUACGACGGCGCGGAAGUGGAAGACAAGCCUGUACCAGACACCACCGACAAGGCGGACGCGGAUGAAGAGGCUUUUAAUGAUGUGAUCAGAGCUGCCCGUGCGACUUCGCCCGGACAGGACACUGUACAAUCACCGGCCACCAUCUCACCCCCGGCCAUGGACCAGGACAUAUCUUCUUCUACGAGAGCACCGCGCCACUCCGUCCGCCAACCAAGCGUCAGUCUCCAAAGUAAGAUCCGAAGCACAAGUUUUCGGGACAACGGCCCCCUGAGUCCGGCAGCCGUACCGGGCUCACUAUCUAGAAUUGAGGAAUUGGAGAGAGAAAACAAACGAUUGUCCAAAGAGGCAGAGGACCAUGAGAAGAGAUGGCGAAAGGUCGAGGAAGAACUCGAAGAGGUUCGCGAGCAGAAUGCCGAGAAGUUGGGAGUGGCGCCCGGGGGGUCAAGGGGGGAGGUGCAGAGACUGCGAGCAGAGAUCGAAACACUGAAACGAAGAACUGGCACCACGAGGAGGGAAAAUACUCAUGGAGGAGACGACGUGGACUCGUUGAAAGCCGAGCUUGAGAGCAAAGACUCGACCAUUGCUGAUAUGCAGCUAGAAAUUUCCAGACUGCGAGGACAAUUGUCGAGUCAGACGCAGGGAUGUGAAACUCAUGGAGAGCAAAUUGCCGCCUUGCAAGUGUCUUUGUCCACUGCAGAAGGCAAAUUGAAAGGGUUAGAAAGCGAUUUAUCCGAUGCGAAGAAAGCACUUUCCAAGGCAAGCGAAAAGGCAGUACUUGAUGGUACCGACCGUACUAGCAAAGACACCAAGAUUCGAAGUCUGGAGCGGGAGCUACAAGAGAUUACUGCUCAAAGAGACGAGGUGAUGAAGAAGGCGGAGCAGCUGGAGAAGAAAGUCGAAGCCAUGAACAAACUACAUCGAGAGGCAGAAUCAAGAAAUGCAGCCAAGCUGGCCACCGCAGAAGCCACCGCCCGGGAAGUCCCAAAUCUACGCGCGAAGGUCGAAAAAGCAGAGAGUGAGAAUGCACGAUUGCGGGAGAAGCAUAAGCGCAUGAUGAGCGGUGAUGGCGGAGGCGAUGGGCUGGACGAAUUGGAAGACGAGGAACGACAGAAGCUUGAAAGAAGGAUUCGGGAAUUGGAAGGACAGGUCUUUGAUUUACAACGGGGAGUAUGGAGAGACAAGAGGAUACAAAUGCAGCCUCGUGGUGACGAAGGAUCCAGAACCUCGCUUGAUCCUGGUGAGGACUUUGACGAGGUUGACCUGUCAGGCUCAGGCAAUGCCAGUCGACGAAGGAGUUUCGCCAACACAUAUCACCAGCAACAGACCCGACAUUCUGGGUUCACGCAGGUCUUGAACUCGGGCCUCGCCGCGUUCCGGGCAAGCACCACAUCUCCCGACACGCAGCUUCGAAAUCAAAAUCGACCCCGGAAUGAUUCCUUGCUUGAAGAGUUCGCCGAUGACGAUGCAUUUGAUGAAAAAGCAUUUGCGCAAGCUCAAAGGGAGGAAGAGGCACGAAAGAUGGUCGAGCAUGUGAGAGAAGUCAAGAAAGGAUUGAAGCAAUGGGUGGGAUGGAGAUUGGAUCUGGUGGACGCCCGGAGAGCUGGAGCUGGGACUGGGUUUGGAGACAUCUUUGACGUGUAG